AUAUCCACGAGUAAAAGUCUGCUUCGAUGAGAAAAUGCGCCAUUUUGUUUCCCACGUUAAAAAACGGCGUAGGCGCACUCUAUAAAAUAAAAUCAAAUAUGGGAUGGUAGCUAUCCUGCAACGGCUCUUGUACGCAUAACAACGGCCUCAGUAUCCUUUCAGGCCAAUCACUAAAAGGUCCAGUCUUCCCGCCACGUUACGAUUUCAAAUGCGCGAGUACAGCUUAUGAUGUUCUGUUUACCCAUAAUAUUACUAACACUUACUAUGCCAUCCUACACCGUUGUCCUUUCGAUAUAGCAUUUUCCUUUCGUGCGGCCGCCGGCCCUUUGUUGACCUGCCCUCCGUGCGUUACGCGCCGUCCCUUCUAUUAGCCCUUUCAGCAGUCCAUACUCUUUGGAAUGUGGCGCUGCCUUCUUAGCUAAGUUGGGCCAUAGUCGACGUGCAUAGUGCGCACCGUCUACUGGCCGUCUUUCUUCGGUGGCCUAUCUGCGCUGCCCGCCUCUCCUCGCGUAGCUGUACUACAUUGAGUUGCUACUAAAUAGUCUGUCACCAAAUAGUUGUCGAGGCUCAUGCGGGAAGCCCUUUUGUUGUACGUCUGUAACAGAGAGGCGACUGAUCCCUGGGAAGGCAGCUGGCGGUCGUUGGCCGCUGCGACGACCAGACGAAAGAAGAUCUUCGGCACAAAACCGCGCGACUGUAAGGUGAAGCACGACAAAUUCAAGCAAGAACAACCCCGCGGCCGCUGCUGCUACUGCCAACGCCACCUCACGUGUGCGCUUGUUAUUCGUAAGCAUUGGACAAGUGUCGGCCCGUCGGUCGAUCCGUCCAUAGUGUGUCAGAAGUUAAGAGACUGACUCGUGUAACAACAAAAAUUGUCGGAAACGGUGUGCUGCCGAAUAGCAAUGGAUCAAAUGCUAGCCAUUGUAAAAGAGGUCAUGGAAGCAGGGAAAAGUGCUUGAUCUUGGUUGUAGUGUAAGUAGUAGGUGUAGCUGCAGCUGGUGGUGCGUGAUUCAGUAGAUCGCAAUGGGGUCCUCCGACUCGAACGAUAACAAUGGGGGAGUACCUAUGCAGGGUGGAACAGCUCAAACAUUGGUUCGGCGUUUGCAGAUUUCGCCUCCAGGGGAAUUCUUCAUUGCAGGAAAUAGCCCAGUCAAUCGAACGCCCACUUCGGAUUUCGUACAAGCUGUCAAAACCGUUCGUAUAUCUGAUGUCAAAAUUGGACUGGUACCGCAGAUACAUGAUGUAGAAAACUUGAAUAUACCAAUAUUGCGUAAAUUAACAACGCUUUCAAGGAGUCCAGAAGCCCUUUCGGCAACAGAGGAACGCCAGUGUGGCUUGAAGAAAAUUUCAUCAUAUGACAGCUAUCGGCCUGCAGUUGCUAACGCCGAGACGGAAGAUCUUGUUGACCUUCUUGUGCGUCCUGAUGCCGCUCACGCAGGACAGCAUCUUUCAUGGUACCUUAUGCCGUUGGUGCCUCUUCAUUAUCUCGGAGAAUGGAUCAAACACAUCAUGUGGCUAAGCGCUCGUGCUUUCCCUUGGAAGUACCCUCGUGUAACACCAAAUAAGAUUAUCAAUUCGAACACGGUACAGUUGGCCAUUACCAAAACCUGUGAACGGGAAGCAGCCGAACGACGAGAUCCAGAUGCUUUGAUUGGCAACCUUACAGAGGUCGUGUCGAAGGACGCUCGACACUUGCACGUCCGUCGAGCGUGCCAGAUACUCGAUAUGAUCGCAGCUAGAACCUCUGUGAUUAUUCUUCGAAUCGCGUCCAUUGUUGUCGACCGGAUCUUCCAGUCUUGCCUCUCAGGGAUUUACGUUCGUCGAGACCUAGUAGACGAGUUGCGAACCCUGUCGCUAGCGAACCCCGGCGUUCCUGUCGUCUACCUUCCGCUGCACCGGUCUCAUUUGGACUAUAUAUUGCUCACGUAUAUUUUGUGGCUACACGAUAUGCGCCUUCCACAGGUGGCGGCAGGCGACAAUAUUGCUUUACCGGUGUUUAAUUUUCUGUUGCGUGGCCUUGGAGCCUUCUUUAUACGUCGCAAGAUUGACCAGGGUGAAGAAAGCGGAACCAUAAGUCAAUCUGGCGCCUUGAAGAAAGACUACAUCUACAGAGGAGUCCUACAAGAGUACAUGUGCGAACUGUUGACUAUGGGCCACAGUAUGGAAUUUUACAUGGAGGGAGGACGCUCUCGCAAUGGUCGUACGCUUCCAGCAAAGGGUGGACUUCUCUCUGUACUUUUGCACGCUUACCAAUCGAGAGCGGUCACUGAUGUGAUUAUUGUGCCCGGUGGAGUCACGUACGAUAAGCCGUUUGAUGGAAGUUUUGCCGAAGAACAGCGCGGUAUUCCAAAAACGAAAGAAACAUUUAGCGGAGCUAUUCGCUCCAUUUGGGGGGUGAUGUGCUCACAGUUUGGCUCUGUACGUUUGGAGCUAGGCAAGCCCUUCACGCUCAAAGGGUUCCUUGAAGAGAAUGUAGAACGCUUUGACCUGCAUAAAGAGUUUGAUUUUAGCGGGAGUCAUGUGGACAAUAACUCAGUGGACGAAACACCGCAUCGAACUCAAUCCAGUGCGUCACUUGUCAAUUCCGCCUCUGAAAGUCAACAUAAGAUAAAUAAACUAACGCACUGUUUGGCUACACAAGUGCUCUGUGCGUCAACAUCUGCGCGGGCCUUGUCUGGACCAAGUCUAGUUGCUUUUCUUAUGAUGACAAGGUUUCGAAUGGGCUGCCAAGAAUUCGAGCUGGUGUCAGCUUUGCACGAUUUGUGUACCCUACUGCGCUCUUCGCCAAAACUCCGUUCUCUAACCUUUACUGAUCUCAGCACGACUAAUCUCAGCCAUAUUAUCAGGUACACGGAAUGGCUGUUCCCCGAUUUGGUGACAAUCCGUACACCAGCAACCGUCAAUGCUAAUGCGGGCAAUAAGAAAACAUCACCGUAUUCUGAAGCCGAUUUCCUUUGCAAAGGAUCACCGACCGAGUCGUUUGUCGGUGCACACACGGAUUCCAUUAACGCAGCCUUUGAUUUACAAUACAUAGCAAAUCCUGUUGCCGAAGCGUUGAUCGGUGAAGCAAUACUCGCCGCGGCCUUAUUGGCUGUCAAGGCCGAGCAGCAUCAGGCUAGUCCUACGUACAGCGUGCGGCGCGGAAGUUGUGCCUCCGAGAUAACUGUGAAAGCGUAUGUUGAGGAAGAUGAAAUCGACGGCAGCCAGAUAUGCUUCGUCACUUGGUCAUCAGUCGAACGGGUUGUGGCAGAACUGUGUGAUAUUCUUGAAAUGGAGUUUGUGUACUUGCAGGAACCCCGAGAAACUUUGAAGACGAUGGAAAAUGCUAAAAAGGUUCUGGUCAAAGAAGGUCUGCUACUUGCUGGGGAUGAAAACAGAUUGCCUAGUAUACGGUGCGAUCUUGAAUCCCUUCAGCGUUUAGCGGAUCUCAGAUCUGGCAUCGUCCACCUAAUCGAAGGCUAUGCCAUUGUGGCUCUGCUACUGCACGGGUCGCGGUCGAAUUCCUUCCGUCUCUGUGAUCGCUGCCUAGUGAAUGAGUGCCUGCGAAAUGCUCUUUCAAACUGCCAAAAAGGCCUUGUUGAGUAUCCUGAAGGGUGCUCAAAGGACAUUAUACAGAAUGCAGUCAAAUUAUUUAUCCGAUGGGGCGUACUUGUACCCGCGGAUAGCCCGGCUCCAGCACUGAAUCACAAUGAUCUCGUUGAAGCAAAAAGGAGACGGCAUUUCCACCUCGGUGAAGAGAGCAGUGUUGACGAUUACGAUCCAAAGUUACUGCUGAAAGAGCAACAAGGAAAAUCAGUCGCGGAGCUGUGCUUCUCUGUGAAGUGUGCAUCCAGCCGAAUGGAUGGUACACACUCUUGCGCUCUCAAGAUAUCGGAAGAUUGGAUGGACAAACUACCUGGCAUUGUUGCUAAGCUGCAAAGGUUUCAAACUCCGUUUGAGUGUCAAUAAAAAAUAUUCGUCAAAUGUCAUUCUAACAUAAAUACGCACAUCAAACAUAUACCGAAAAUGAUAUUACUUUUAUUCCGGCUUAAGUAGAUUGCAUGUUUCCGGGUUGAGGGUAGACGAUUUGAGGAUUAAAUGCACGGGCGAAGGUUCAACAUGUUCCCACGAAAGGUGUUGUGGUCUACAUGCAGAAAACGACGUCAUGAUUAUCUACCUCUAAACGACUUCAAUAUAUCCCCAGAAGCCUUCUUUUAGUAUGAGGCCGUAUGUAAAUCUCUGUUAAUAUUACCGAUACUGAAUUGAUUGACGUCGAGAUACGCUUCAACAUUAUCGAACCAUCCCCGUAUUUCUGCGAGCUACUAGCUAUAUUACCAAAUAUACUGGUCGAAAUAGAUGCCAAGAGUCCUGACAAGACACCCAUGUCAUUAUUGCUAUUUACGAAGUAUCAUGCUACAUGCCAUUGUUUAGGCACAGGUCUGUACAUAGGCAUCAAACUAAUACUUGUUAUUUCCAAGUUAUCAUACGAUAUGUGCUGUGGCUGGAUAUGUUAUCUAACUGAGUUAGAGGCAAGCGCCUUACAGCAGUCAGUGUUCCUUAAAAAAUCGUAUGGCGAAUGUAUAGCAGAUUAUUAGCUUUUAUUCUCUACAAAUCCCGGUAGCUUUAAUCACGCGGCCGUUCAGAGCACUAGCUAAUUGAUGUGACGUAGCCAGUCUGACAGGCGCUUACCAUUUCGCACUUACUGGCAUAAAACAUUACAUUUGAUAAAUGUUAUACUUGUUAUGUAAUGUUUCAUAAUGUAAGUAGUUGUUUUAGUUUGUGUCGUGUUUGAAGGAAGAAGAACGUACGCCGCUGAUAAGACCAAGAGAUAGUUGGUCUGAAACAUUUGGCGUCAUUUUUCGUCAGUAUACCACCGAGUAAGAACUUUUCGUUUAGAUAUUUUUAUAGCGACGUUAAUACCGCUUAAUGACUUUAGGUGAAAUUUUGCGUGUUUGUGCGAACGAAUGAAUUUUAAGUUAAUGAUUUUAUUAACGGUUCAUUGAUCAUGAUAAAAUUACCGAUCUAUUUACACAUGAUAGAUAUAACGUUUGUUCAAUGCGCUGUAAUAAAAUACUUUUGCUUUUCUACUUUGUUUAAUGCAUUUUUUUAUUUGGCUAUCGGUGAAUAAAUUAUAAAUGUAUUUGUGAUUGCGCUUAUAUUCGACCACAAAUUGACCCUGAGGGCCUAAACGCGCUCCUUUCUAAUCGAUGCUUUCCAGGUGGUAGUCGAUACAGACGAAGUGCGAAGUUAGAAGUGGUUUACUGCAUUAGUAUUAUUUUAAUAAACUUAGAUAAAAAUGAAAAGAUGCAUAAACAAGCUUUCGAAGAAAUCGAGAGUUAGCUUUCCAAAAUAUACAUGAGCAGUCUUAGGCUGAGUCAUUCUACAGCUUCGAAGUUUUUUUUUUUAUCAGGAACGUAUGUAUACACAUGGGAGAGAGACAGACAACGUGCAGCCAAAAUGUCACAUCGCAUUUCAAGGAGUCAAUGUUUUCAAAAAAUGCCGUAUAUAAAUAUACGUUUUACUCGACUGCGUCCGACAUCAGCCUUUAAGAAAUGUUGUGUUAAUCGUUCGUUUCUGCAGUUUAUGCAGAAACAGCAUAGUAGCAAGCAAAAACAGAUCACUUUGUUAGCGAAGAAUACAGUAGGCCUUUUUGGCCAAAAGUCACUGCGGGGAGGCGAAUCAAAGCGCACGAAAAACAGAGCAUAGUCCUUGAUAAAUUUUGAAACUUAGUCAAUGCUGCAAAUGUCGAAAGCUCGAAAGAAUCAUGUACGAAUAUAUAUACCUUUAGCGUAAUUGGUUAUGGCGCGCCCAUUCAAAUAUACAGGUCUUCUCAAUAAAGAUAACAAUGCAAAAACAUGAAAAGCGUACCAAAAAAGUCAAAUCACACGGAUUUUUGUACUUGUUCUUAUAAUAAUAAAAUCUACGAAAGCCUGAGUUUGA